AUCCAGUCAGGGUUGGAACCAUGGCGGUGGCCAAGGAGCUCUUACAGAUGGACCUGUAUGCGCUGCUAGGUAUCGAGGAGAAAGCGGCGGACAAAGAGGUGAAGAAGGCAUAUAGGCAGAAGGCCCUCUCCUGCCACCCAGACAAAAACCCGGAUAAUCCCAGAGCAGCUGAGCUCUUCCACCAGCUUUCUCAGGCCUUGGAGGUACUGACCGAUGCUGCAGCCAGGGCUGCAUACGACAAGGUCAGGAAAGCCAAGAAGCAGGCAGCGGAGAGGACCCAGAAACUUGAUGAGAGACGGAAGAAAGUGAAGCUUGACCUGGAGGCCCAAGAGCGGCAGGCCCAGGCCCACGGCAGUGAGGAGGAGGAGGAGAGCAGGAGCACCAGGACACUGGAGCAGGAGAUCGAACGCCUUCGAGAAGAGGGCUCCCAGCAGCUGGAGGAGCAGCAGAAGCUGAUCCAGGAGCAGAUACGCCAGGAGCGGGAGCAGAGGUUGAGAGGAAAGGCAGAAAGUCCUGAAGGCAGAGGAACCCCUAAGCUAAAGCUAAAAUGGAAGUGCAAGAAGGAAGAUGAGUCAAAAGGCGGCUACUCCAGAGAUGUCCUCUUACAGCUUUUCCAGAAGUAUGGAGAGGUGCUCAACCUGGUUCUUUCUAGUAAGAAGGCUGGCACUGCUGUGGUAGAGUUCGCAACCAUCAAGGCUGCGGAGCUGCCUGUCCAGAAUGAAGUGGGCCUGGUUGAUAAUCCUCUGAAGAUUUCCUGCUUGGAGGGACGACCGCAGGGUGGGAGAGACCCCAGCCACUCAGGACUGUCACAGGGCUCAGUGCUGUCGGAGAGGGACUAUGAGAGCCUCGUCAUGAUGCGCAUGCGCCAGGCAGCAGAGCGGCAACAGCUGAUUGCCCAGAUGCAGCGGGAGGACGAGGUGGGGCAGCCCACUUAGUCUUCUAACUGCAGCCCACUCACCCACAGCCCCCUUCUUGAACGUCACCAAUAAACCUUUCUUUUUUCUUAAAAAAAAAAAAUAAAUAAA